CUCGGUGCACCGUGACAGUCGGAGAGGACCGGAGCGACGGGGACCGACGGGGGUUUAUUUAUUGCUCCCCAGCAGACCGGACCCCUCUUGGAAUGAGGUCUGGCGACCAGGACCGGCAACAAUAACCAUGGUGACCAAGAAGAUCCGGUCUGAGUACAUGAAGAAGUUCAGGGAUCCCAAAUGGGAGACGUUCUCCAAAUGCUACGAGGACUCUCUGAAGUACCGCCUGACCCGGCGGGUGAUGGAGCACUCCCACAAGCCCUGGUUCUGGGAGGGCUGGGACGGCGGCUCCGAGUCCAGCGGCCGGUCCACGCCGAGGCCGACCGGGAACCGGAUCGCCCCCCUGUCACUCCCGCCGGCGGCCGCGGAGGAGACACGUGGGUCGCCUGGCAACGGGUCCAAACCGCCCGCCGAGGACGGACGGGCCGAGGUCCGAGGAGGCGACGCCGUCGUCGUGGACGCCGCUGCGACCGCAGAAAACGGUGUGAGCGAAGCCGCCUCUGGGCCCUCUGAGGAGACGGACGGCGGUCCGGCCGACACCUCGUCUUCCGACGGGGAGCCGGCGGUCCCGGCGGUCCCGGCGCCGAAGAGACGCCCCCGACGCCGGGACGCGUCCCACGAUGACAAGCCCGCCGGCGGCGCCGCGGCGGCGGUCCGCAAAACGCCGAGAGCGAAGAGCCAACCGCCAAUCGGCACCAAGGAGAAGGAGAACCGGAGGCCGUCCGGCAGACCCGCCUCGGAGGUCCGGAGGACGCCGAACCCCAGCAGCAUGUCUGACGCCUGCGUUCAGACUCGCCGCGACUCCGACAAGCGGAGCUCCGACGUGGAGCGGCGCCGCGCUCGGUCCGCCGACCUGGAGAAGACGCGCCGGCUGACGGUGGCGGACGACCGCUGGGUGACGGAGUACAUGCGCUGCUUCUCCGCCCGGCUGAGGUAGAGACCGGGGGGGGGAAUCGAACCCUCGAGCCGCGUGGUCUCGGGUCGAGUCCCCGUCGGGGGUCCUUUUAGGGGGAACCGCUGCUGUCGAGGACAACAAACGUUUAAGAGUUUAAAUGUGAAUUCACCAAAACUUUAGACACGAAAGAAGUCUCUAAAACUAAUAAAACGUGUUUUUGAUAGAAAAAAUCUGAAUUUAAAUAAUAAUUUUUCAUUUCAAGUUACUCUUUUCUUUCUAAAAUACACUUUUAUAGUAUCUGUUUGCAGGAUUAACCGGGAUUAUAUUGACGGUUUCUUCCUCUUUUUCAAUUGUGUUUUAUUUUUAUUUUUAAUGCUCGACAGCAGCGAAAACAAACAGUUGUGACGGACUGGAAUAUAUAUAUUAUAUAUAUAUAUAUUUAUAUUUUCCCUGUGUUUGAUAAUGAACAAAGUCAGAGAGAACAAACUCUUUUCUCAUCAGUCGGAUAAAUAUUUGAAUGUUCUUUGUUUACAUUUGUUUGUAUUUAAGGCAGCUGAGUGUGUUUUGAAAUGGACCAAAACUAAAAGUAUUUUUGAUAUUUCACUAUUUUGGAGUUUAGAAGAAGAAAAAACAUAGAAAAACCAAGAUUUAAUCGAAUGAAAUUAGUAUUUAAAAAGUAUUUUCUGAGUAGAAACUAUAUUUAAGACUUUAAAUUAACUUAAGACUUCGUAACAACCUCAGAUUUCAUUUUGUUUAUUUUUUCUUCGUCGAUUUUAAAGAGGAAAACUCUUAAUUCUCUUAAUAAUUAACGUGUAAGACCAACGAAUUAAUUAUGCAAAAGUGAACUCUUCAUUUAAAGUUUCAGAGACUUUUUGCUUCAGUAUAAGUUUUAGUUAAUAACUUUGUGGUAACUCGCUCAUAUUGUUCAUUUAUGUUGUUUAAAACCGUUUAAGACGAGUUAAUUUACUAGAAAUCCAGUUUACUGCCACAGAAAUAAUUAGACUUUUAUCAAUCGAUCAAUAAUUUAAAGUUUCAUUCAUAAAGCAGCUUUCAGACAAAUCAAAUGCAUUUAUUUUUUUAAGUGCUUUACACAUGUCAGACAAGAAGAAAACAAGAGGAAUUAAGGAUGAAAAGAACAAAAGAAAGAAAAGAAAGAAAAACGAUCACAAAUAAAUCAAAUAAAACACAGAAUAAAACCAUUAAAUUAGAGCAAAAUAAACUUUUAAAACAUUUAAUAUUCAGAGCGCAGGCAGAAUUUCAAGCUUAUAAUGCGAUAGCUUUAUUAAUGAGCGUUGUUAUAGUUGACGAGAUUCUUCAGGAUUGAUUUGUUUUAACUUUUUAAUUUAACGGUUAAAAAACGUUUUUACGGAAGAUUGUAUAAUUUAUAUAGAAAUGAAUGUGCUUGAAUAUCCAAGGUUCUACGGUAUGUAAUUGUUUUUAAUUUAGUAAAUAAAUAACCAAUGGUUCUUUACAGAAAAGAAAGAAAAAAAACACAUCCAUUGUAAAAUUACCGAGAAAUUACAGUAAAAUACUGUAGAAAAAAAAAAAAA